GGUCCUUUGAACAUAUCAGAAAAAUUGAAUGAGCAAUUCAGGUGGUUUAUAGAUCAAAUACACAGCGCCAAGCACACGAUCGUGAAUAAACCGGAUAUUUAUUUACGCCCAAAGAACUAUAAAAGGAAACCAACUAGCUCGCGAAUUAGCAAUAAAAAGCUGGAAUGGAGAACAAAACAAAUGGAUCAGUGGAAGCUAAACUUGUGGUGGAGAAUGGCCAGCUGCCGGACCCUGCAGACUGGGCAUUCACUGAUGUCGUCAACUAUUUCAAAGCUGCAGGAUUUGAUGAGCAGGCUACUGCUUUCCAAGACCAGGAAAUCGAUGGCAAGUCUCUGCUCCUGAUGACGCGGAAUGAUGUCCUGACUGGUCUGUCUAUCAAACUGGGGCCAGCACUGAAGAUCUACGAGUACCACGUGAAACCACUUCAAACUCAGCACCUGAAAAGUAAUGCUAAUGCAUCACUGCAUGCUCCUCAACGUGUAACAAGAUAAUCACGAGGCAGGACGGACAGACCAGUCCGAAGAGAUUUAUAGACCCAAGAGGACAGUGGAGAACGACGGGGCUUAGAAAACUCUUGCAUGGUUGCAUCUUGCAUCCUUCCGAAAAUAUUAUUUUACUUAAACUGCCAAAUGAUGAGCCGUUACGUUUGUUGGUAGUUAACUGAGUGGUAUCAGUUUAUGAAACCAAACAAGGACUUUAAUUCGUUGAGGUCUUGGACAUCAUAAGAUCAUUU